AUCUAACCUACAAAUAAUAUCUAUCUACACCUUUGCUUAUCUAUCUCAGGUUCUGACUCCAAAAACUGAACUCUAAAAUAUCUUUAGCAUAAGAAAAAGAGAGAGAGAGAGAAACACAACAAAAAUCUUAAAUAUCUUCAAAAAGUUCACCUUCUUUCUUUGCUUUCAGGUUUUCCAUACCAAAAAUAUCAACUCCCUUUUGCUUACAGAUCUUGUCCUGUGUUUUCCUUGCCUUAAGGUCGAAUCCACAGUAUUGAAAUUCAGCUAUCUUUAUCAAAUUAUCUGAAGGUUUCACAGUUAUAGGACUAAAGAAACAGUUUAAAGAUGGGUUACAUAUGUGAUUUUUGUGGAGAUCAGAGGUCGAUGGUGUACUGUCGAUCCGAUGCAGCAUGUUUAUGUUUGUCAUGUGAUCGAAACGUUCAUUCAGCAAAUACCCUAGCUCGAAGACAUUCGAGGACUCUUUUGUGUGAGAGAUGCAGUUCACAACCUGCUUUGGUUAGGUGUUCUGAAGAGAAAGUUUCACUUUGUCAGAAUUGUGAUUGGUUAGGUCAUGGUAACUCUACAUCUUCCAAUCAUAAGAGGCAAACAAUCAAUUGCUACUCAGGUUGCCCUUCGUCGGCGGAACUUUCUUCGAUAUGGUCUUUUGUGUUAGAUAUCCCUUCUCUGAGUGAAACUACAUGUGAGCAAGAACUAGGUUUCAUGAGUAUUAAUGAGAAUAGGAGUGCUUGGGUCGAUCCAAAAAAUCAGAACGUGUCUGAUUCAGAUAAAGCUACUGAUCUACCUGAUUUGGAUAAGUCUUUCGCCGGUACAUCUUCAAUGCCCGAAUCUAGCAAAGAACCGCGUAUGCUCGACCGCCCAGAUGGAUCUACCAAUGAAUGUGUACCAAAGUUAUACUGUCCUGCUACAAAUUGCCGUGAAGCAAGUGAUGAUGAUGAUGAUCUGUAUGGUGAUUUCGAUAUGGAUGAAAUGGAUAUAAAUAUGGAGAACUAUGAUGAACUUUUUGGUAUGGCCCUCACUCAUUCUGAAGAGCUUUUUGAAAAUGGUGGAUUUAACAGCUUAUUUGGGGCAAAAGCCAUGUCUGCCGGAGAUUCCAAUUGUCAAGAUGCUAAUGCUGCUGAGGGUUCAUCAAUUGGACAUGUCAAUGCAGCACAACCAGCAUGCAGCACUGCAGCAUCUGCAGAUUCCAUAUUGAGUACUAAAACUGAACCAAAUCUUUGUAUUACUGCAAAGCAAUCCCAAUCGAGCCUUUCUUUUUCUGGUAUUAAUGAAGACGGUGGUGCUGGAGACUAUCAAGAUUGUGGAGCUUCUUCAAUGCUUCUCAUGGGAGAACCUCCUUGGUUAAACACUUGUCCUGAGAAUGAGCUACAACUACAAUCUGCUAACCGCUGUAGUGCUGUUAUGCGAUACAAGGAAAAGAAAAAGACACGCAAGUUUGACAAAAGAGUGAGAUAUGCCUCUCGCAAGGAAAGGGCUGAUGUCCGAAGGCGCGUGAAGGGCCGGUUUGUUAAAGCCGGCGAGGCCUAUGAUUAUGACCCUUUGAGCCAAACCAGAAGCUACUGAGUGUAUAAUUUUUAACCAUUUCUUAAAAGGAAAGACACAAUUAUGCCUGAAAAAUGGGUGAUAUUUGAUGCAUUCUUUUUCCGUGCAAUGACGAACUGUCUUGAUUUUAUCUCAGGGUUCUACCUUUCUUCAAGGACAAAAAAGGGUCUAAGAAGACUGUUCAACAGUAUAAACUCCGAAUCCGAUUCUCUGUCCUUCACUGCCAAGAAUAUCCAAAGUGUCCCCUUCAAGCACCGUGUUUGGAUUACCAUCUUUGUGUUAAACUUGGCAAAUUUUGCUUCUUAAUUCUUCUAUAAGAAUUCAGAAGUCUUCUAGGUUCUCUUUGUCCUUAACCAAUGCACCAUGUUUGUCAUGUCCUGGGUUAUAGUCACGUCUAGAAGCACGGCAUGAUGAUGAGUUUGUUAUUUUGACAGUUUGAGAUAAACUGCAAAAGUUGUAUAUUGUAAUAGUUGGCUUCUCUUGUUUGAGAUGUAUAGCACACAAUCUACAUGUAUGCAGUUAGAUGUAUAAAAUGUCCAAUGGAUCUGACUUAAAACAAACUGUAAAGGAUAUUGAAUGGUGUAGUACUAUGUAUAGAAUAGGAUCUCAUGCAUGCUGCUCUAUAUUGGAAAUGUACCAAUACAAGUUUUGUUUGUGACUGGAA